AUGUAUUCAAACUACGACAACACAAACAACGAGCGCCACACCCUAUCGGGUUCCGAUAGCGAUUUGGUAGGAAACAAACGUCAGCUUCUUGAUAAAAACAUUAUACCAUCUACUGUUCUAGGAAAUAUUGACCCACCAAUCAAUAAGUUUGAUAUCGCAAUAGCCUGGCUCACUGAUAGCUAUAUACCCUGUGAAGAGGCCUCUGUACCACGCCAGCGAAUGUUUCAAUCGUACCAUGACUACUGCGAAUCCAAUAGCCUCGAAUCAUUGUCCAGCAGGUCUUUUGGAAAGCUCGUCAUUAAGCAAUUUCCAGGAUUAAAAAUCAAGAGAAUUGGUAAACGCGAGAUCAGCACUUACCAUUGGGAUCCGCAACAAAGUAAUGAUAUCUUCAUAAACAUGGAUACAUCUGCAUGUCAACCACCAAGACUUCAAGAAACCUCAACUGAAUACCUUUUGUGGCUCCACGCGUCACAUUGUGCGACAGUAGUUCAUUGCUUAGGCCGCUGGCAGUUUGAUGUUGUUGAGGAUGAGCUGAGGGAGUUUUGGUUGAUGGAGCGUGCACAUCUAAAUUGCAACAGCUUUCAUAAUACCCAGCAUUUCAAUUUAUUUUUAUUGGCUGAAGUGCAGGCGUACCAGGAUGCCGUAGCAGCUUUGCAAAUGCAACUUUGUGAUGCUUUAUCUCCAGACAGAGUGUCCAUGGUGGUUACAUUCGUCGAGAGACUUGAGCGCAUGCAUAGAAAUACAAACUGCUAUAUCGACGAGCUUAGAGGAUGUUUGGGAUACUUUAUUCACCUGAUGACCAGAUACGCCGAAUUAGCAAAGAUAACCAGGCUUAUUGACACUAAUCUCUCUGAAGUAGCGAUCAUAUCUGCAAUGUAUGCUACAUGGUCCACUUCGCUGAACUUUGACUCAAUAGUGAAACGCUGCAUCACGCUUUACAACUGUAACGAUGCUGUCCUGUUCUCUGCUUUAUGUGGCUUCGCUGAAGUGCUUAAGAACCUGAACACAAAUCCGACAAGAAAGUUAAUCACAUUUGCAGAUAUCCUAGUCGACACUAUACCCCUUAACUCCAAGUAUAAUUUGUCAAGAUCAUCUGCUUCACUGAUACAAUGUUAUAGUACUUUGCAUAUAUGCUCUAACGUCAGUAGCAAAAUUUUAACUGAUCUUAUGCUCAAGAAUGACAUUAACUUGACGAAUUUUUUUCUUCUGAAAGCUUGGUUCGACGAUUAUGUCGGACUAACGACUUUGAGGAAUAUGACAAUCUUAUAG